AUGAAUGAUCGUGGAAGCCCUGAUGGUCGACAUUCUGAAUCCAUUUCGUCGCCUACAAUGUCACACGAUUCAGCAUUGCCAGCGACACCACCAUUACAAGAUGCUGAUCUUGAUGAUGAUGAUGAUGAUGAUGAUGAUGAUGAUGACGAGACAAUAAUAUUAUCUCCGUCACGUUCUAAAAGUACUGACGGUCGCGUAAGUCGAGUAAACUCAGCAUCAAAACCUUUUACAACAACUACUACAAGUGUUGAUCGUUUAAAACAUGGUAUACGUUAUAUAACUGAUGGAUUUAUACGUAAAAUUACUAAACAAAAUAAUGUUACUCGUAUUCAUUCACUCAACUUUAAUAAUUUACGUGAUAAAAAAAUUCGCUAUAUAGAAAAUCUUCAGACAUUAGUUAAUUUAGAAAAUCUUGAUUUAUCAAAUAAUCUUAUUGAAAAAAUAGAUGGUUUGAAAACAUUAAAAAAACUUAAAUCUUUAUCAUUAGCUAAUAAUUUUAUUAAUACAAUAGUUAAUCUUGAAGAUUUAUCACGAUUAGAAAAUCUUGAUCUUCAUCAAAAUCAAAUACAUACAAUUCCAAUAUGGUUUGGAAAAAAAUUAACAUUAUUAAAAGUUUUAAAUUUAUCAAAUAAUCAAAUAUCAUCAUUUGAUCAAAUAGCACGUUUACGUACAUUAUAUGAAUUACGUGAACUUCAUCUUCAAGGAAACCCUAUUGAACAUAAUGAAAAUUAUCGUUUACUUAUUAUAUCAUAUGUACCAAGUUUACAAAGACUUGAUGGAAUUAAUAUUAGUGAAAAUGAACGACAACAAGCUAAAGAACAAUUUAUCCAACAAGAAGUACAAAAUUUACUUCAUGAACUUGAACGUCGAGAUAAUGAAUGUCGACGUUUAAGUACUCAAGCAACCAAUAGUGAACAACAAUUGGGAAUAAAAAGUGAUAAACUUCAAUCACUUGAAAAUAAAAGUUUAAUGCAAGCGAAAGAAAUUAAAGUGAGAGAUUAA